CACCAUCCAAUUUCUAAUUAUGCCCCCCUUCAAAGUCGUCACCUCGAAGUCCUACUCCCAAGGGGCCGCCCGACAGCACCGUAAAAAGAGUGGUCACAAUGCGACCUCUUGUGUCCCAUGUCGCACGGCGAAAUUGCGCUGCGACCGCGGGAAACCAUGCCAAGAAUGUGCGUCUAAAGCGCGCGAGCUGUCGUGCCAGUAUGAGGACAAAUCAACUAGUCGGCUGGAGCAGCGGCCAGUGCCACUGGCUGCAGCUGCGUGUUCCGUAACCAGAGACUCGGUGAUUGUUCCGCGCAUCGGCGGGGAGUACGAUCACCAUUACUCCGUUCCCCGGUGGGAGCCGCAAGAUAAGGGACUCUCCAGCGAUACACGUGGGUUCCUCGUCUCGGACAAGUCCCAGACUCAUACUACUAGCGGGCGGUAUUUUGGCAGUACGCACUGGGCCAUCUUUGUCGCCGAGUUCCCUGAGAUUCGCCGAUUCCUGGAGAAGGAUCCCAUCUUCGAGGAGAGCUGGCGGCUCCUCGCCCAAAUCCGCCAGCUCUAUCCCGGGCCUGGGCUGCCCAUGGAUCGAUGGCCCCACGGAAGCCAGCAGAGUAUGCUGCGGUAUCUGCACGAAGCCCAGCCCUCAGAAGCAGUCUCGAAUAUCCUCAUCCACGGGUAUUGGAGCACAGUGGGCCAGAUGAUGCCCGUAGUUCCUCGAGCGCAGUGGUUCGAACAAUAUCACCAGUUCCACGCGGAGGGGCGGUCUAGCGAUCUUCACUGGCUGCUGAAGACUACCGCAAUCCACGGGCUCGGGUUUAUCAACGACGUCUCAGAUGAUGGACUCGGCCUCACGCUUGCCGCCCGGCAGCAGAAUGGCCGGUGUCUUGCGAAGAUCGUGGAGAGGAUCGUCUUCACACACCCCUCCCUCCGGAAGCCGAGUAUCGACGUUCUCGAGAUCUUUCUUCUGCUGCUGAUGUUCAAGAACUCGAUGAGCGAGGUCGACGGGCCGGACGGCAUCUGCGCCAUCCUCGGGAUGCUGCAGAAACUGGCAUUCACGCUGGGGCUUCACCGUGAGCUCGGUAAGACCGCGGGCUUGUCGCCUGGGCAAGUGCAGAGACGUCGUGAGAUCUGGGCGAUGGUCCGCAUCCUGGACCACGAGUACUCGAUCCACAGCGGACUACCGCACACCAUCCGCCAAGACCAGUGUAACAGUGAGCCCCCAAGCCGAGACCACCACCUUGACCAUACCACCACACGGGAAGAAGAGUUCAGCCUGGCGUGGUUCUCCUCGUACGCCAAACUGACAGCCCAAGCGGCCGAGCUCGAGCAGCGGUCCUACUGCCUCAACCUGGCCAUUUCGUCCACCGAGCUGCAAGGCUACUGUGUGCGGCUCUCCGGGGAGAUGCAAGGCUUCAAGUCCCUGCUCGAUCACGAGGUAUCAAAUCUGACGAAUCUGUGGGUCUCCAGCGGCAUGUCCCCGAUGCUGGCGUUCUACCACCUCCUGCUACACGUCCUUCGACACCGUACCACCAUGCUUCUGUACCAGCCGCUGUUGAACGACCAGCCGCGAAUCGCAUGGUUUUACUAUGUCAAGGCGGCAUACGCCAUGCUGAUCCUGUACCAAGAUUUCGCCUCAUCGCAGACGCACGCCUCGCCCUCCUGGUGGUACUUUUACCACUCCUUCAUCAAGUUCGAUAUCUACCGUGCCGUAAUCGGGCUUUGCUAUGCCGUGCAUUGCAUGGCCCGCGACGAGCUCAAGUGCCUACAGCCCCACGCAGCAUUCUCACCCGCACACCCGCCACAGUCCCCGGCCCCCGUCCACGUCCACUUGCCCCGUGAGAUCUCGUCCCGGCCAUCGACAGCGCUCCAAAGACCCAGUAAACUUAGCAGCGAGCUAGCGCCUGACAUUGAGGCCAUGCUGUGUGCGGUUGAGGACACGCGACAGCUGUGGGCGCACAACAUCCACGUCGGCAUCAACCACGUCAAAGCCUUCCAGCUCCUCAGCAUGAUCAUUGCGUGCACCAAGGCCGAGCUAGCCGGCGAUGACACAUUCACGGUCGCACAGUCCGAGGCGCAAGCAUGUCUGUCCCUGGCUAAGGCACGGGUAGAGGAGAAUCUGCACGAGCAGCGCACCCAGACGCAGCGGGAUUGCGGGCCACCGGAGACGGUGGGCGAAGAUACGUUAGGCGGCGAGGGGGUGCUGGAAAUCUCGAGCACGCUGGGCGUUAGUUCACAUGAAAAUUCCAGUCUUAUUUUUGCAGAGGCAGAUGCUGAUACGGGUGCGAUGGGCGGGGCUGAGUGGUUUUAUGCCGCAGCGUAUGAGCAGCCGGUUGAUUGGGAUUGGUUUGAUCAGCUGGUGGAUGUCAGCUGAAUUGUAGAUUUGGCUAUUGAGCAUGGCGGGCUGGUUGGUCGCUGCUUUGUUCGACUCCCCACGACCAGGAAAGUCGGGCGAGGCCCAGCCCUACUCAAUGCUAUUGAAAGAAAUUUCAACCUUUCUAGGAGGCUGGGGCCAGGGAAGAUAUUCCCAGGGUUUACUGAUCAAAGCGAUUUCGAGAAUACAUGUACAAUCAUACAAGCUCACAGAACCUCUCUGCGCCCGAGAUGAUCAUCUCCCACCACAAACGCAAAGAUCAAGCAAGUCUAGCGACACAAUCAAAGCAAAGUCUAGCUUCGUGGUCUUCAAACAGAGAGCUGAACAAAAAGUAUCGUCAUACCCGGGUUAUGGCUUGACAGGGCGCUUGGGAUAGAAUUCUUGCCGGCAACUCACUAUUUAUAGGGGCUAAUUAUCGCAGAAGUCACAUGUAUAGAAAGUUAUCCCUAAGCGUGGCCUGUUCCUUAAGCAAAAUGGUUUGGGUAGCGGUGUAGUCAAAACUUUGGAUUGCAAUCGUGACGUGGGUUGGAGUCAACAGUGGCAGAGUAACUCCAUUGCAGACCCAACACGCAGAGUUGUCCUUCGUCGGGAUCCCAGCUCCGCAUAAUCAGAAA